UAUGACGUUAUCUCCAUGACAUUUUGACGUUGUAAUAUAUUGUAUUAUGCCCUGAUGAGCUAUGCGAAACGCGUUGGCUAAAUCAAUAUAUAUUUAAAAUCCCAGACACGUGUUUUUACUUUUAUUAUAUAAUAUUCACAAUCUGGAUUAUUACAUUUUACUUAUAUAACUAAUAUAACGGAUUGUGCAGCGUGUUCAUGGGACCGAAGAGAGCAAAACUUAAAGAAUUGUCUGAUUCGUCGGAUUGCUCGAAAUCAAACUCGAAUGAGGAAGUCAUGGAGGAGGAUAAUAGAUAUUUUUUUAAAUCAAUAGACGAUAAACUGUCGCUGAUAUUGACCGCUAUUAACGAUUUGAGCGCGGCAAUUGCAAAAAAUAAUAAUACUGCCAUUAGGAAAGAUGACAUUGUCGCUGACAUAAAAUCAGCUGUACAUGAAAUUUCCCAAAAUAUACCGAAGCCCGAAAUAUCCGUGAACCACGAAAAUAACGAGGAAAACAAUAACAUAUUUGAAAGAGAAGCACUAAAAAUAAAAAUGGAAAUAUCAAAUAUAUGGCACAACAAAAUGGAAAUACGAAAAAGUACGUACUGGUCCAUGAUAAAAAAUAAAGGCCAUUUUGAAAAAUAUUCUAAAUAGUUAAGGUCAACUCCAAUGGUAAUACCAAAACAUUUACAGAAAAAAGAAAUACCAAAUGAAAAUAUCGAUCAGAAAUCAGUUAGAGAAAGGGCCGUAUUGAAUGACUUCAAUAUCCAAACAGAAUUGCAGUCAUUACGUGCUUCUUCAAACUGUGAGAAAUUCAAGCGCAUCGACGAAGAAAUAUUCAAAUUGAUACAUUCAAAAUGCAACGGAAGAACAGCACGGACACUGGUAGAACUUUGGAAAACGGAAACGCAACGAAAUGAAGAAAUUUCACAUAAAAGAUGGGGAAACAAUGAAAAAUGGCUUUCAAAAUACGAAGAAGAAUUCAUAAAGGAACAUGAAAAUAAAAAUCCAUUCUUUAAAAAACAAGACUUCGUAAACAAAAAUCAACCCUCUUCAUAUGCGGAUGCUGUCCGAAAAAAUACCACCAACUACCAAAAUCUGAAAACAACAUACAACUACAACAGUCAAGAAAGAAACACCAAUAAACAACAUUCGCAAAGAAGAAACCUGCAACAAAAUCAAACAAACUGUUUACAAAAUAUAGAUGUGGAAAGUAUUGUAAGAGAAGUUCUUUUAAAAAUUAAUAAUACCAACAUCGAAUUACAUAACAAUUUCCAAAGAAACAAUUCCACUUCAAACAGAAGCAAUAUAAGAGAUAACACAAGGUCUUCAUACAGAAGAAACUAUAGAAACAACAACAAUACGAGUGACGACAUAUUGCAAGAUAACGACGACAAACCAAGCGAAUUUAACGUUGAUUUUUUAGAAGGAGGCAGGGAGUGGAGCAGUCCGACAUAGAAACUUUAGAGAAAUAUGGGUUGAAGGAAACAAAAAUGAGUUGGACAUUUGAAACAAAAUUGCGUCCACAAACACGGCAUGAUUCCAAAUGGCUCAAAACUGACCUACAGGAGCUGUUUGUGAAUGACUGCCUCAGUCAGCUGUGGAAUGAGCUGGUCAAGGAUGGUGAGAUCGCCAUGGGAACCAACCACGGUCUCUACAACUCUGCAGGAGUCCUCGCUAAGAAAGGCCAGACAGGGAAGUUCUACUGUGGUAUGAAAGUUCUUACAAGUGACAAUGAAAGUGCUGGCUUCUGCGGCCCCAUCACAGGCUCCAACUGCGGCCCCUGUGCAGCCCUUAACAAGGAGGAGGAUGAGGACAGGGCAGAGACUGAACAUGCCCCACCCCCCUCGGGGCCCAUGAUUGACAGCUGGACAUGGGGCCAGGAACCUGACACAGAGAAGCUGGAGGACUGCCUAAUCUCGCUGCUACACGAAAGCCAGCAGCUGUGCACAGAGGCGGCCUGCACGUCCCUGUCUGUGACUCGUCUGCAGCAACGCCUGGCCGUGAUGGAGCGCUACUUCAGUGCCAUGUCACGCCAGGUGCCCCCGGAAAAGAGCGGACCUUCCAAGAAGUCACAGACCAAUCAGACCAACCUGAAUAAACAGAAGAGCAACGUGAAACCAACGGAGAAAGCUUCCAUGGGCCUGGCAAGAGUUGGCUCGAGGGCUGCGCUAAGUUUUGCCUUUGCAUUUCUCCGGCGGGCCUGGCGAUCAGGAGAAGACUCGGAUCUGUGCUCGGAUCUGCUACAGGAGAGUCUGGAGGCUCUGCAGUCUCUGCCGGAGGCGAGCCUUUUUGAUGAGCCGUCCGUCUCUGGAGUAUGGCUGGACGUUGUGGAUAGAGCCGGGAAAUUCCUGCAUACUGUUGUAGCUGGUGACCUGAACAGCAGUGCGCAGACCAGCAAGUUGCCAGUACCAGUGUCAGACCAGCAGCUGGCUCUAGCCCUGAUCCUGGAGAUAGCCGUACAGCGUGGAACCCUCCAUCACAUGCUAGCCUGCGUCAUGCUUCUGCUCAACCUUUGGAACAACAGUCACCAUGACUAUGACAACAGAGUGCGGUGUAACCUGUACAGCGCCCCCCUCAUCCCCGUGCUGAAGAGGCUUCAGCAUAUUCCGAGUGCGAAGUCGAGAGUGCCUGACCAUGCUAAAUGGGAUGAGACAAACUACUACGUGAGCCCAACAGAGUGUUUCUUGAAGUACCUGACCUACCCAGAGGACCCAAGCAUGCCCAUCGACCUGAGGAUGAGUGCCCUGGUGAUCAUGUCUCACCUUGACAGGCUCUGUCAGCCACUGCUGCCCCUUAACCCCUCACUCAAGAAUCAACGUCACAACAUGAGUCAGGAGGUGAUAGCAUGGGGCUGGUUUGCGUGGAAGGGAGCUAACCCCUCUUCCCCCACGGCAGGGCCAGUCAUUCUUGACUUCCUAAAUGAAGUAGGUGGAGUUCAGCAGGUGGUGUGCGGUGAGAAGGUCCUCAUCGUCCUUGCAGGCAACGGCAACGUGUACCUGGUGUCGUACGCAUCCGAGGCAGCGUCGAUGUACAUGAUGAGUGGUUUUGGUGAGCGUGAGGUGGUGAGGCUAGCAGCGCACCCUGAUGGCAAGCACUACCUUGCUCUAACCAAGGACGGGGAGGUGUUCUCCUGGGGCAGCGGAGACGGGGGCAGGCUGGGACAUGGCGACAACAUCCUGAGAGAAGAACCGACUCUGAUCAAGUCCCUAUCUGGCAAGAACAUCGUGCACAUAGCCUGUGGCAGUACGUACAGUGCAGCUGUCACUGGUCAUGGGGAGCUGUACAUGUGGGGUCGCGGUAACUACGGGAGACUGGGGCUGGGGGGCACUGAGGAUCAGACUGUGCCCAACUUGGUGAUGGCCUUGAAAGGUCACCGGGUCAUUGACGUGGCAUGUGGUAGCGGUGAUGCCCAGUCGCUGGCUGUAACGGACACAGGUGCCCUAUAUUCGUGGGGAGAUGGAGACUAUGGCAAGCUGGGGCGUGGCGGCAGUGAUGGCUGUAAGACUCCCAAGGUCGUAGAGAAACUCAUGGGUCAGGAUGUGGUGAAAGUCUUCUGUGGGGCACAGUUCAGCAUGGCCCUCACCAAGAGUGGGACAGUCUUUUCCUGGGGCAAGGGGGACAACUUUCGUCUGGGUCAUGGCACUGAGGAGCAUGUUAGGGUCCCAAAGCAGAUCCAGUAUUUCGGAGGCAGAAAGAUUGUUGACAUGUCUGUAGGCUCCAUGCAUUGCCUGGCCGUCACAGAGGAUGGAGAUGUGUAUGGCUGGGGCAGAAAUGAGCAUGGGCAGCUGGGUGACCCGUCAAUCCAGUUCUUGACUGAGCCCACUCUACUGCCUGGACUGGAGGGAAAGAAAAUCAUAGGGGCCUCAUGUGGCAACUCUCAGAGUUUUGUCUGGUCCUAUGGCGGCCAUGCGACGGUCAGCAUGCGGGUGCCUUUCGUUGUGGACGUGACUCGGGCCACUUUCGAGCUGUUGGACGACCUACUGGGGGAGGUGUGUGAUGGAAUGGAUGCCCAGACUGACUGGCCACCACCCCAAGAGAAGGAGUGUAUGGCGGUCGCAGGCCUAAAUCUACUCAAUCUGCAGCUGCAUGCCGCCAUCUCUCACAAUGAGAAUCUAGAGCAGCUGGGUCUGAACCCUGGUAGCUCCCUGGUGACCAGCCUCAAGAGGAGGAUUGUCUCCCUUGCCAGCAACAGCGGAGUUAUCUCCACUGUCCAGAUGGCCGCACAGAACACGCUGCAGAACGGCUGGUCCAUACUGCUGCCUACAGCAGAAGAGAGAGCUAGGACCCUCUCUAUGCUUCUGUCUUCUGGAGGUCAUACAGAGGCAGGGGGCAUGAGCUCAGGGCAGCAGUUCAUGACCAACCUCCUCGUGACCAGCCUCAUGGCUGAUGGGGGGCUGGAGUUUGCAAUGGAGGCAGCCAUCAAGAAGGAGUCGGACUCCUUGGAGGAAAGAAAGAGCGUGGCUGGGAAGCACAGCAGGAAGUCGAGCUUGGAUUCCGGAGUUCCAGUGAAGAUCGAACCCCGUCCUGAAGGGGAGGAUGCCAGCGCCACCAUACCCCUACUGCAGCUCAUUGAACAGUUACUGAGGAACUCAUGCCUGCACACCCAGCUGCUGCUCCAUAACCUGGCCCGUGAUGGUGUGGUCAAGAUGGAGGAUGCGGUGGUGCGUGACUCCUCCCCCAGCCUUGACCUGCUCCUACAGUUCCAGAGGCUGCUGGUAGCCAGAAUGUUCCCCAAACAGGGCUUCCUCACUGUGCCUUCAGAUCUCGAUUCUGAGUUGCUCGGCUGUGGAUCCCUGCUGAGGAAGUACAUAGGGCUACUGUGUAACCAUGUGACUGACAUACUGCCGCUGGGCUCAAGUCUGGCCUCCAACAGUGGCAAGCACUUCUCUCUUGUGUCCAGGAUUAUCACGAGCGAUGUCACAGGGGUGUUACUGCCGGAGCUGUUGACCUGCCUAGUGCUGCUGCAGCUGAAAAGUCCGGUUGUCGUGGAGACGGCUGGUGCGGUUCCCGUCUUGGAGCAGAUACUGGACAUCCUGGACAAGUUCAACACGCUGGCUCCUGGCCUAUAUAGGGAGGAGAAGGAGGACCUUUCGUGGCCCGGCGUAUGGAGUCAGAACAGUGACAAGGUGUCCCACAAGUCUCCAGAGGAUGUUCAGGUGAUCCGCAGAGCUGACCUUGAGAACCACAACAAGGAUGGGGGCAUGUGGGUCGUCCUGCAUGGCAAGGUCUAUGACAUCCAGGACUUCAAGACAAAGGCACCAUGUGGCUGGGAAGUGCUGACAGCAUCGGCAGGCCUAGACGCCACAGUGGCAUUUGAGAACGCCCACCACUCCCUGGAGGCGCGAGAGAUGAUGCAGGCUUUCUAUGUGGGACAGUAUGUCGAGCCUGACAAGGACAUCAUACAGCUAACUGACACGAGCAACGCCUCGUCCCCCCUGAUGGACACCGAGCGAACCCUGAGCCUCCUUCUGGGCCUGCAUGCCUCCCACCUGGCGCGCUCCACCCCGCUGUCUGGAGAGGAGACAGACUGCAGUCACUGGCUAGAGUCAGACUUCUUCCGUGGAGGGCUGCAGGUGCUUCAGUCACUGAGGAAUCCAUUCGAGGAGGAGAAGGGGGAGAGCAGGUCGUCCAGUGUAACCACCACCCCGGGCACAGGUGGAGGUAUGCAGGCGUCAUCUGAGAUCACGCCCACCAGCCACACUGAGAAGGAGGUCCUGUUUGACCGACAGAAUUCGCUACCGGACGCCUCAAGAACCUUCCUGGUCGCUCUGGCAGAGGGCCGCAGUCAGGACCCUGCGGUGAAGGCGUUCCUUGCCAUGAGUGAGCGGUACUCGAGGCAACACAACAUCUCCCUGCCUGGAAGCUUCACUGCUGAUCAUCCGGUCGAGGAAGUUGGAAGACUAUUGCUAGCCCUGCUGAUCAAGCACCUCGACCUGGGUCACGUGGUGUUGGGGCUGGUUGACCCCACAACCCAGGCCGGAGACAUCACCAAGCAGACCCUGCCCCGCUCCAUCAUAGAGCUGCUAAGGGUUGUUGGUCAGGUCAAACGAGCGCUCAUUAAGGCCCAUCAAGACCAGGCUGGGUCCUACAAGGAAGUGUGCACUCCAGUCAUUGAACGAUGUCACUUCCUGUUCAAAGAGCUCAGGUCGGCGAUGCGCAACAACAUGAAUGACCUGAACAACUCACGUCUGCUGCACUCUACCUCCAGAUGGGACAUUGCCAUUAAGUCUGUCCUGGAAAACAUCAGGAAGCAAAAAGCUGCUGUUAAGGCUUCUGGCACAGCAGGUGGCACAGAUUCUACAGCUGAUAAGCCUCGACAGGCGGGGCAGUUUGGAGCAGUCAAAGGCCAAGAUGUCGGCCAAUCAGAGGCGUCGUUUGGUCAGAUGGGUGGAGCCUCCGCUGGUGACAGGCAGGCAGGGGCAGAGUCAGGGGUCAAGGUUUACGGGAAGGGGGAGGUCCCCACCAUUGAGGAGGAGUGGUCAGAUAGUGGAGUGCAGGACGCCAGGGAGAAACUCACGCUGGAAAACAUGGACACCAAGUCACAUUCCAGGAGAAAGCAUGGCAAAUAUAAGAAGAAAGAGUCCCUGGAACAACUGUCUAAGGAAAUUGCCAGCGCCAACAGACUGAAUUGGUUGAAGCAGCGAAUGACGGGCAGUAGAGACCGGGCCGACAUGCCUCUAGUGAACAAGAUUGUGGAGUUUGUGAUGAACAAGGAUCACAUUGAUAUCGAGAAGCUGAGGAAAUCACUUUACCACCAGGUCCACCGAGCUGAAAACCGUCUGAAGGGGAUCCAGAUGAUGCUGUCGCUGGUACACAAGGAGCACCUCGUCUCCUCGGUGAAGUACAACCUGCUGUGUGGCUGGCAGGGACUGCUCACCAUGGGACACAGGAUCUGCAAGCCGAUGCCCCAUUGUCUGACGGACAUUCCUCUUAUCCCCCCAUGUGACCGCAUCCUGCUGCAGAUGACUUUCUCUGAGCUGUUCAGAUGGUCCAUCACACAGCUGCGACAGUACAUCCACCAGGUCGACAUGACCUUCAAGGCGAGAGGAGUUAACCCGAUGAUGCCCAACUUUAACAGCAAGGACAAUACAAAGGAGAAGCUGAAGAUUGGGAUGCUGCCCCAGGCACGGUUCAUCCUUGCCCACCUUGGCUUGCUGGUGUCCUCUCACCAGGGCAACAGCCUCAGCCUGCUCAUAAACAACGGGCUCCUAGCUCUCACACAGAGCAUCCUCAGGCUCAUUGGUCCCGACCCUGACCGUCCGGUACAUGAGAUGGCCCCAAGCGUCUGUGCAAUACUGGAGGAUCAGAGGCACAAGAAGCAGUCAGCCCCCGCCCCCCUGUCGGGACCAGAGUUGGCUGCACUCAUGAAGGUCGGCAGUCGUGUUGUACGCGGGCAGGACUGGAAAUGGGGAGACCAGGACGGUCCCCCACCAAGCCUUGGCCGUGUGGUUGGAGAGCUGGGUAACGAUGGGUGGAUACGUAUCCAGUGGGACUCUGGCAGCACUAACAGCUACAGGAUGGGCAAGGAGGGCAAGUAUGACCUCAAGUUGGCCGACCCACCGGAGCUGCCGGAGAAUGAGGAGGAGGAGGAGGAGGACAAAACAACAACCAAAGAGUCAGUGAAGACUGACAUCUGCAAGGAUCCCACAGUGUUGGUGAGGAAAGAGACAUUGAACCUGCUGAGAACAGUAUCCAUAGCGACUGGGCUGUUCUCGGAGACGACCCAGAAAGAGGCUGUGUCGGCUCUGUGUGGACUGAUGAGGAACAUAGUGGACUGCGGCUGUAACUAUGGACUCAACAUCAACACGGCGUCAAUUCAGAUUGCCUGUGAGCAGCACUACAGCUGGUGCAGUCUGGGAUUCCUGCGUAGCAUCGCCACGGACAAGACCAUCUGUCACGCCAUGUCCUCACAUCGCUGGGUUGACCUCCUGUUGAAAAUCCUCGAGGAGGGCAAGGCUCAUAAGCAGGCCAACGUGUCCAAAGAGAUACUGACCAUCAAGCUGCUGUCGAGAGUGCUUCCCUCCUGGACCACUGAUACGGACAUUUCCCGCGUGAAAACCAUCGUGAACAGACUUCUCAACCUGCUAGGGAGCAUACUGGUCUCCUGUACUGCAGACCCAACCCUUCUCUCCAACGAUGAUGACACACCGAGACGCCGGCAGAAAGCCCCAGUCUCACUGACUGCCUCCUACACCAGCACAAUAGCAGAGGAACUGGUUCAGUUGCUACGGAAACUGCACACCCUGGAAACAUGGAAUAUCUCCAUCAAUGAAUAUCUGGUCAAACACAUGAAGACUGUGCCAAAUAUUCUGCUGGACCAGGUCACAGUGAUUAAGAAUGACCCUAGCUAUCAGAUAGACGAGGGUUCUGUGCUGGCGAUGAUGGCCAUCAUUGGAGGGGUGGAUGGUCGCCCGCGUUUAGGCGGCCAUGUUAUAGUUGAGGACCAGGGGGAGGGGAUGAUCUCCCGUAUCACUCCUAAGGGCAAGAUACUGAUACAGAUGGAGGAGGGCAUUGUGACUGUCAGCAAACUCAGCUCCCUCACUCCGGUUCCUGGCCUGGAGUUUGAUGUGGCCCACAUGCCGCUGACAGGAGAUGUGAUCCGUAUGUGGGGUACCAUCCUGUCCCUAGCAUGUCACAACUUCCGCCAGGAGAGAGACGGUAGGGACUCGGACAGAGCUCCCCUGGCUGCAAGCACCACCACCAUGGACUCUGAAGUUCACAAGGUGGACAUGCUGGAGCUUGGCAAGCAGCAGGUGAAGCUGGGCCUCCUGCGGUCCUCGCGAGUCCUUCUAAAGCACCAGCACAUCCUGCGUAAGAUUGUCUCCCAGAGUCUCAUUCCCGAGGUGGCCAAUCGUGAGGCAGAGGCCCGAACAGAGGAGGAGCCCGUACCAGAGAGCCCGGGACUCAUUCUGCAGCAGAUCCUGGUGUCUGCCACCCAGGCCUCGCCUCUCAAGGCAAUCUUCACUAGAGAGGAAAUGGAGGCUGCCUGUCUGUCCGUGAGCCAAUACCUGACAGCGGCCAGGGACCUGUAUGGAGAGGAGGAGGAGAUUGAAGAAUCUGACACCGAGAUGGAACCCCCCAUCCUCGUGCUACAUUCUGACACAUCCUCAGAGCCAGUUGUCAUGGAGACCAACCAGCCUGCGCAGUUCCCCACGGUGCUGGGAAAACCGAGGAUGAAAAAGACUCGUCAAGAGAUUCUGCCCCCUCUGCCAGAGGUCAUGCGUAUCAUGGAAAUGGGGUUCCAGAGGAGACAAGUGGAAUAUGCCAUCAAAGCCCUGGGCCACUCCGGCGGUGCUACUGACAUGCCUGCGGCCAACACUGUGGUCAACUGGCUUCUAGAGCACAUAGAGUCCCUGCCUAUGGAUCAGUCCUCGGACUCUCAGAGUGACUCGUCUGUGGACUACGACACUGACACGGACUCCACAUCCGAGUUUGAGGAGUUGGACACUUCUGGAGAGAUGCUUAUGUCAAUGAUGGGCAGUGGAAGCACAGAUGCUGUUGGCCCAGCCCAGAUAUUCAAGGGUCGUCAUGAUUUUGCAAGGGACGAGGACUAUGCAAUGUACGUGAGGGACAACAUCCAGCUGGGCAUGAUGGUGCGGUGUUGUCGUGGUUACGAGGAGGUUCACGAGGGAGACAUUGGCAAAGUGGUCAAGCUGGACCGAGAUGGUCUACAGGACCUUAACAUCCAGGCUGACUGGCAGGUGAAGGGAGGCACAUACUGGGUCCGCUAUGUGCAUGUCCAGAUACAGGGAUUCCCUACCACAGUAUCUAACAUCAAGGUGGGAGACAAGGUUCGUGUGAAACCCAGUGUGGUGACCCCCACCUACAAGUGGGGCUCUGUGACCCACCGCAGCGUGGGCACGGUGUCCAGCAUUCUGUCCAACGGGCGAGACAUUAUCGUGGAAUUCCCCCAGCAAGCCCACUGGACUGGCAUGGUGGAGGAGAUGGAGCUGGUACCCAGCACACACUCUGGAGUCGGGUGUGACGGCUGUGAGAUGCUGCCUAUAGUGGGGGUACGCUACAAGUGCAGGGUGUGCACGGACUACAACUUCUGUGAGAACUGCUUCAAAACCAAGAAGCACAUCCAUCAGUUCAACCGCAUUGUGGAGCCAGGCACCCCUGCCACCCCUGCUGGUAAGCCUGGCAAGCAGAAGAAGCGUCCGCUGUACCCUGCCAGUGGUGCCCUCCUGGAGGACUGGCAGAUGUGCGUGAAGAACCUCACGGUCUCCUCCAGGGAGAACCAGGCACUGAAACUGCUCGAAGGAAAUGCCGGGCACUGGCAGAGUGCUGGCUCUCAGGGCAAGCACUGGAUUCGACUAGAGAUGAUGCCAGACAUCCUUGUAAAUCGUCUGACGAUGCGUGUGGAGCCAUCAGACUCGAGCUACAUGCCCUCCCUGGUUGUGGUGAGCGGCGGGGAGACGAUACACGGACUGAAGGAGAUUCGGACCAUCAACAUUGGCUCCUCUGACUCCGUCGUCACACUUCUACAGGAAAUCCCUGAUUACUACCACUUCAUUGAGAUUGCAAUAAAGCAGUGUAGACAGAGCGGCAUUGACUGUAAGAUCCAUGGCCUCUCAUUGAUUGGUCGGUUCCGCUCGGAUGACGAUAGUGCGGCCGGAUUCAUGUUCCUGGCCUCAGACCGUGAGGAAGAAGACAGCCAGAAUGUGCCCACACCAAUGGUCAAGGCCGCCAAGGGUGGUGCCAAGGAUGUGCAGACUUAUGUGUUCACCUGGGGCCUCAAUGACAAAGACCAGCUGGGUGGACCUAAAGGCUCAAAGAUCAAGUUACCGAUACUGAAUGAUACCCUAUCCAGUCUAAAGUGUGUGCAGAUUAAUGGAGGAUCCAAGUCCCUCUUCUGUGUGAGCCAGGAUGGGAAGGUGUAUGCUUGUGGUGAGGCGACCAAUGGGAGACUGGGCCUGGGGGUCAGUACGGGUACAGUGUCUGUCCCCCGACAGCUAGUCUCACUCAGUCAGUAUGUCAUCAAGAAAGUGGCAGUGCACUCAGGGGGCAGACAUGCCCUGGCCCUGACAGUGGAUGGCAAGGUGUUCUCAUGGGGAGAGGGAGACGAUGGCAAGCUGGGGCACUCCAGUAGAACCAACUGUGAUAAACCGAAGCUAAUUGAAGCCCUGAAGAAUAAACGUGUGAGGGACAUUGCUUGUGGCAGCUCACACAGUGCAGCCAUCACGUCCAAUGGUGACCUGUACACGUGGGGACUUGGGGAGUAUGGCAGACUGGGGCACGGGGAUAACAACUCCCAGAUCAAACCAAAACAGGUGACAGAGUUGGCAGGUCAGCGGGUGAUCCAGGUAGCAUGUGGUAGCAGGGACGCCCAGACACUGGCCCUCACUGACGAUGGUGUUGUGUACUCAUGGGGGGACGGAGACUUUGGCAAACUGGGGCGGGGCGGCAGUGAGGGAUGUAAUGUACCCAGAGAGGUGGACAGACUGCGUGGCCAAGGUGUGGUACAGAUAGAGUGUGGAGCCCAGUUCUCUCUGGCUAGAACACUCGUUGGACAGGUGUGGACUUGGGGCAAAGGUGACUAUUUCCGGCUGGGUAAUGGUACGGAUGCCCAUGUACGUCGCCCCACUCUGGUUGAUGGGCUGGUGGGUAAGAAGAUCAUCCAUGUAGCUGUGGGAGCACUGCACUGCCUCGCAGUCACAGAGACAGGCCAGGUGUACGCCUGGGGUGACAAUGACCAUGGCCAGCAAGGUAAUGGUACAACGACAGUCAACCGCAAACCUGCCCUCGUUCAUGGCCUGGAAGGUCACAAGAUCACCAAGGUCGCAUGCGGCUCUUCCCACUCCAUUGCCUGGGCAACCACUGACCUUUCUGCACCUAUAACCCAUGAACCAGUACUCUUUUCAUCGUCAAGGGACCCACUUGGAGCUUCAGACCUGGGUCUAGUAGAGAGUAACAAUGAAGACCCUACCUCCGUCACGGCUCCGUCCUCUAUGUGCAAGAUGCCACGCCCCUCUCUGGCCAAGGUCAUUCUUUCCCAGGAGACCGACUACGGCAAACAGAUAGCACUCUCCAAUGUACUACAGUCGUUACAGAUCAUGUAUGCCAGAGACGCAGUGGUGAGCCUCUUACAGAAGGAGAUGGCAGUUCAGCACACCUCCACCUCCCAGAGCAUGUCCACGUCCCAGGGUCAGCCUGCACACAGUGCCAUGCCCCUCCCCGCCCUCGAGGGGUCCAUGGUUGCCUCCACCUCCACUCUGCCCCCCGAGGGACCCCUAGGGGCCGUAGUGGACCACACAGACAUCAACCUGGCCAUACUGGAGGCUUCAAACGAGGCUCUUGCCACAGAAGAUUUCUCCCCGUUUCCCAGCAUGCAUGAGCUGGCAUCCAAGUCCAAGGUUGCGAGCAUCAUGGCAGAGACAUUCACCACUCCUGAGGAUGUGACCAAUACACCUGAGGAAACUAGCCAGAUGUCAUCCAUAUCAGAUCAUAAACUUUUAACCUUAGGUCUGGAUGAGUUUACUCGUAAACUUACCCCGGACGAUGCACGCAUCCUUGUCGACCUCCUGAAACUCUCGGUGGCUGGUCGAGUAGGGGUAAAAGGUCGGGAAACGUUAUCAGAGGUCCUCACAAGCCUAGCCAAGCUCAACUCUGCAGUGGCAGAAAUGCUUCUGGAGUUGUGUGUGACUGAGUUAGAGGAUGUGGCAGCCGAUCAGAACUCGGGUCGCAACCUCGCAAUGCCUGUCGUGCAGGAGAGUCCACAUCCAUACACGGAUGACACAUCAUUGGCUGGACAUGUGAAAAUACCAGGGGCAAAGUCUCUGAGGAUUGAGUUUGAUCGACGCUGUUCAACUGAGAGACGACAUGACCCACUCACAAUCAUGGACAGAUCGGGCAGGAACUUCACUAUCAGAUCAGGAAGGGAAUGGUCGGACUGGUAUCAAGAACUGCGUAUCCAAGGUGAUGAAUUACGCUGGAAGUUCAUGAGUGAUGGCUCGGUCAACGGCUGGGGCUGGCUUUUCACGGUAUAUCCCAUCAUGCCCGCAGCUGCCCCUGUGGACGUUUUGUCGGACCGCACAGUGCUCUCGCGACCUUCCAUUGACCUCGUGACCUGCCUGCUGGGGUUCAAACUAGAGAUGGACCUGGAGCGAAACAUCAUGGCGCGACUUGCCGCCUCCCUCGCAGCCUGCGCUCAACUUAGCAGUCUCAAUGCCUCCCAGAGGAUGUGGGCCCUUCAGAAGUUGCGUCGUUUGAUCAGUGUGAACUUUGACCAGUCAUUCAACAUCAAUGACCUCCUUGCCUCCCCCCAGCCAGACACAUCGGACCAGGAGCUGUCCAGGCAGUUCUCUGUGCCUCUCUCUGGUACAGCCCUUGCCUCCCUUGUGAAGGGGCUUCCGGAGGCCCUUCAGAGACAGUACGAGUAUGAGGACCCUAUCAUGCGCAGUGGCAAACACCUCAUGCACAGCCGUUUCUUCAAGGUGCUGGUAGCCUUAGCCUGUGACCUUGGCCUGGAUUCCCUCCCCUGUUGCACAGACCUCGCCCACAAGUGGUCCUGGUUCAAACGCUACUGCAUGGCCUCUCGAGUUGUCAACACUAUCGCCAAACGGGAACCUUUGCCUGAACAGUUCGUUGAGGAAAUCUCCAAAAAGAUUCAGGACAUUGGUGAUGAAGGGGAGGUAGUGUCAGGCGACUAUGCAAAUCAUGAUGUCUUUAAACAAGAACAUGAUGAACAGCUGCUAUUGUGGAUGAACAGGAAACCAGAAGACUGGACCCUGUCCUGGGGAGGCAGUGGUCAGAUCUGGGGCUGGGGUCACAACCACAGGGGUCAGCUGGGCGGGGUUGAGGGGGCAAAGGUCAAACUGCCUGUCAGUUGUGAGAGUCUGUCAGCGCUGCGCCCAAUACAACUGGUGGGUGGGGAACAGACACUGUUUGCUGUCACUGGAGAAGGGAAGGUGUACGCCACAGGCUACGGUGCAGGUGGCAGGCUGGGAGUAGGCGGUACAGAGUCCAUAACGUCUCCUACCCUACUUGAGUCCAUACAGCAUGUGUUCAUCAAGAAGAUUGCGGUGAACUCUGGGGGCAAGCACUGCCUCGCCCUGUCUGCGGAAGGGGAGGUGUACUCCUGGGGGGAGGGGGAGGACGGCAAACUGGGACACGGCAACAGGAGUCCAUGUGACCGCCCUCGUGUGAUAGAGUGUCUGCGAGGUAAGGAGGUGGUGCACAUAGCAGCAGGGGGCGCUCACAGCGCCUGUAUCACCUCCACGGGAGAGCUGUACACCUGGGGCAAGGGUCGCUAUGGGCGACUGGGACACGGCGACAGUGAGGACCAGUCCAGACCCAAACUGGUUGAAGCCCUGAAGGACCAAAAGGUGUUAGAUGUGGCCUGUGGCAGUGGGGAUGCUCAGACUCUCUGUAUCACCGAGACCGACUGUGUUUGGUCCUGGGGAGAUGGAGACUACGGGAAACUAGGUCGUGGUGGCAGUGAUGGUGUGAAGGUGCCCUUCAAGAUCGACUCCCUACAGGAGCUGGGGGUGAUGAAGGUGGAGUGUGGAUCACAGUUCUCUGUGGCCCUUACCAAGUCUGGGGCUGUCUACACUUGGGGUAAAGGAGACUACCACAGACUGGGUCACGGCACCGACGACCAUGUGCGUCGCCCGAGACGAGUGUCUGCCCUGCAAGGCAAGAAGGUCAUCGACAUAGCAUGUGGCUCCCUGCACUGUGUGGCCUGUACAGACACAGGUGAGGUCUUCUCAUGGGGAGAUAACGACGAAGGGCAGCUUGGAGACAGCACUACCAACGCGAUUCAGCGACCACGGCCGGUCACAGCCCUACAGGGCAAGAAGAUUAACAGAGUGGCCUGUGGUUCAGCGCACAGUCUGGCAUGGUCUACCAACAAACCAGUCAGCGCUGGUAAGUUGCCCACGGUGAUCCCUAUGGAGUACAACCACCUGCAGUCCAUUGCCAUAACGACGCUGCGUAACAGACUGGUCCUCCUGCACCACUUCUCGGAUCUGUUCUGUUCUUCGGUUUCCAUGUUUGACCUGCAAGAGUCUGGGCCGGAAAAAGACAAGUGGGAGAUGACCAGUGGACUGGACAAGCUGCGAGGGGUCAUCGUGUCAAACUCUAAGGAAACAGCCUUCAGGAAGGUUGUUCAGGCCACCAUGGUGAGAGACAAGCAGCACGGUCCUGUCCUGGAGCUCAACCGUAUCCAGGUUAAGCGCGCACGGGCCAAGGGAGGUCUGGCCGGACCAGAGGGCAUCAAGUCAGUCUUCGGUCAGAUGUCACAGCAUAUUGGGGUGUUUGGCACAGACUCCUUGAUGCUUCCACACAGGGUCUGGAAAGUCAAGUUUGUUGGCGAGAGUGUGGAUGACUGCGGUGGUGGCUACAGUGAGAGUAUCGCUGAGAUGUGUGACGAGCUUCAGAACGGUUCCCUGUCCAUACUGAUAGUCACGCCUAAUGGCCGUGAUGAGUCGGGGGCCAAUAGGGAUUGCUACCUCCUCAACCCCAUGCUGUCCUCACCACUGCAUCAGAACAUGUUCAAGUUCCUAGGUAUGUUGAUCGGCAUAGCUAUCCGUACUGGUAGCCCCCUGAGCAUCACGUUGGCAGAGACGGUGUGGAAACAGCUGGCUGGUAUGCCUCUCACCAUCAGUGACCUCACAGAGAUUGACAAGGACUUUGUGCCUGGUCUGAUGUGUAUCAAGGAGAUGUUAGAGCCAGAUCUGAUCCACGCAGACAUGCCCUUUAGUAUCCCCAGCUCCACCGGCCAGGAGAUCCACCUCAGUAACAACCACAACAAGAUCACUGUAACCAACCGGUCCGAGUACAUACGCUUGGCCAUGGAGUACAGACUGGAAGAGUUUGAUGAACAAGUGUGCUGGGUGCGGGAGGGCAUCAGCAAGGUGAUACCUGUCCCUCUGCUGUCCCUCUUCACUGGACUGGAGCUGGAAACCAUGGUGUGUGGCAGUCCAGAUAUUCCCCUGACCCUGCUCAAGUCUGUGGCCACAUACAAGGGUGUGGAUGUGGGGGCCCCGCUCGUGCAGUGGUUCUGGGAGGUCAUGGAGGAACUCUCAAAUACAGAGAGGUCCCUCUUCCUGAGGUUUGUCUGGGGUCGCACUCGCCUGCCCAGGACCAUCGCAGACUUCAGGGGACGUGAUUUUGUGCUCCAGGUGCUGGACAAGUACCACCCAGCAGACCACUUCCUGCCAGAGAGCUACACAUGUUUCUUCCUACUGAAGAUGCCGCGCUACUCCUGCAAGCCCGUCCUCAAGGAGAAGCUCAAGUACGCGAUCCACUUCUGCAAGUCCAUCGACACGGACGACUACGCGCGCGUUGCCCUCACCGGAGAGGAGGAGUCAACGCCCGAGGCCAGUGACGACUCUGAUGAUGACGCCCAGUCAUAUUCGGAUGGAGAAAUUUCGGAUGGCAGCGUCUGAACAGCUUAACAAAAUUAUAGUUGAUGCUUUAGAUGCUAUUAGAACGUGUUGGUUUUAUUUACAGUUGUGUGCACAACUUUUUGAACAAUUUCGAAUGGUCAAUCACCUAUGUAGAACUAGUUUUAAAUUUAAUUUAGAAAUAUGGCAACAAAAGAUGAAAAUAUGUUAGGUGUGCAUGUGUUUGAUAAGUAGCUUAUUGUCAUCUAUGUCAAGCAGUGUUCACUGCUAUAUUCUGCAUUGUGCCAGUUUUCUUUACUUACUAUAUGAAUGUUAUAAGCUUUGAUGUGUUAACUGAAUGUAAAAAGUUAUUUUUUUAUCAUUUAAUCAAGGACAAUUGGUUUAGCCAUGUUGUUUUGAUCUAAUGAUGGUGUGUUUCUGAACAUUAGCGGCUUCAGCUUGUUCUCUUAUUUUCCGGUGCUGUCCUUUUGUUAUAUUUGUGGUUUUCUUUUAAUUGUGAUUGUGUACAUGAAAAAGUAGUUCCUUACAUUUGUUUUUCAAAAACUGUAAUUGGGGCAUUGAUUGAUUUUCUCAUGUUGUAAGAGUUUUGUGAUAUGUUAUUCUUCCAAUAGUUUAUGUAAAUUAUUUUUUAAGGUGCAUUUUUAUACCAAAGUUUAUCAGUUGCACUUAAAUAAUUUUCAUAAUAUAUAUUGCUGAUAGUGAGAUCAUAAUUGCUCUAUUCCUAUUUCAGUAUUGAAACACAUGUGUGAGUUUGAUGAGCAACAAGCAGGGUUGGUAUACACAAAACUCCUACGGGAAACCUAGUUGUACUUAAAUGAACAUUUCAAGUUGAUGGUGUUGUAAAACAAUUUUAGAACUCAAUAUGCAAUAACCCUUUCCCACUCAGAAGCAAAGUGAAAAUGGCUAUGUGCUAAAAGGAUAAAACCAGAACAGGAUUUAUGCUGUUUGCUGCUCAUCAAUAUCGAACGGUUGGAAAUGAAGCCUUUAAAACUUGAAUCUAGUAAGAAAGGUUUUCAAUUAAAUUUAACUUUCUAAGGAACCACAAAUGCGACAAAAUACGUAUCUAAAUGGUUAAGGGUUAAUCAAAGAUUUGAGACAACUUUCAUGAACUUAGGAUCUGUCUUGAAGUCUAUAAUUCUCUAAAUUAAUUAUGAGUUCUGCAUGUGCCUAAAGUAUAGUCAGAUUCACCUGUGCAGAAAUCAAGGACAACACUUUCGGCUUCUAUGGAAUUCUUUCUUUAACUAGAAGUCACAUCUAAAUGAAAAUUCAGUCAGGCAGAACGUGUUGUCUCUGAUUAGCCUUGUGGGUAUUGCUAAUAUGGCACGAUAUUCUUUUCAUAUGCGUUAAGCCCGGUUUUCCAAGACUGCGGUUUGUAUAUGUAUAUAUUGUAAUGAGCUUUAAAAUCAUGUUCACUUGAUCAUAUUGUAUCCUACUGUUUUGUGAACCCUGUCUUUAUUAUUAAUUUUGCUUUAGUGUGUGAAUAGUUAUUAUUUAUUCUGAAUCUUUUUUUCAAAUUGAAGAAUAAACAUUUUGAUAAGUUC